AUGCAGACUGAAUACCUUAUUUUCAACUCGGUAAGCACUUACAACCGAAUUAAACAAUCAUUUUAUGAUAAAAUUCAUAUUAAACAACAUUUUCUUGAUUCACAAAAAAACAAAAACAUUACCUGUAAUUCAACUAUUGAACCAUCAGAUAAUGAAGAGUCUGAAACUCUAUCAAAGCCAAUGUCUAUUGAGCAAAAUGAUCAUGACUCAAUAGAUGAUGUUCUUGCAAUUAUGCUUGGAGGUUGCCAUGAUCUAGCUUCUUCCCCACAUGAUUAA